AUGAGUUUUUUGUUGAAUGCAUCACUCAUUCAAGUUUAUCCAGGUCCAAAGCCACUACCGUUCAUUGGCAAUCUCCACCAAAUACCCAAAUCGAACCAUACGGCGACGUUCACUAAAUGGGCUUCGCGUUAUGGGGAAGUGAUUUACAUGAAGGUUAUCAGUCGCGAAUAUAUAAUUCUUAAUUCUGCCUCUGCCGCCGUGGAACUCCUCGAAAAGCGAGGCUCGCUGUAUGGUUCCCGCCCGCAGACAAUUAUGGCGGCAGAGCUUGUAGGAAGAUCGAAGGCCUUUACGCUCAUUCCAUACGGUCAACGCUACCGAAUGUAUAGGAAGUAUCUACGCAACGCCAUCAGUACCAAUUCUCUCUCAGAACACUGGGCAUACUUGGAGGACCAGUCAGCAAACCUUCUUGAAGCCCUCUUGCGCAAUCCCGACGGCUUCAGAGAGCACAUCCGAAGGAGUGUUGGGGCUGUGGCACUCAGACUCAGUUAUGGUUUUCAGCACGAGGACGGGAUAGACCACUAUAUCAAUUUGGCAGAUGAGCUUGCACAAAUUACGCGAGAAGCCUUGGAACCUGGUCGGUGGCUGGUUGAUUCUUUACCAUGGUUGCGCUACGUCCCAUCUUGGUUUCCUGGAGCACAUUUCAAGAAAUGGGCAUAUUGGGCUCGUGUCCGCUGCGACGAGUUUACUAAUGCGCCGUUCGAGGCGGCAAAAAGCAAUCUGAGCAAUGAUUCUACUGUAUUCUCGUUCACAUCGCGAGCUUUGCAGAUGCUUGAGCAGGAUGGAAAUGAGCCGUCGUCGGAAGGUCAAGAUAUCAUAAAAUAUGUCUCAGCAAGCAUCUAUGCAGGUGGAACCGACACAACAUCUUCUCUAAUAUCAACGUUUUUCCUUAUGAUGGCAUGCUAUCCUGAAGUUCAGCGCAAGGCUCAAGCCGAAAUCGACCAGAUCACAGGCCGCUCGCGUCUUCCAUUAGCAUCCGACGAAGAAAGACUCCCUUACUUGAGCUGCGUUAUUAAAGAGCUGCACCGCAUCCAUCCGACCGUGCCUCUUGUUCCCAGGACUGCUGAGCACGAUGAUGAAUAUCGUGGAUACCGUAUCCCGAAGCAAGCCUAUAUAUUGGUGAACGUAUGGGCCAUGGCGCAUGAUCCAACUGUGUAUCCUGAUCCUAAUCGAUUUAAUCCCGAUCGAUUCGUGAGUGGCAAAGACUCUCAGCCUCAGAUGGAUCCGCGCGAAAUCUCGUUUGGACUUGGGAGAAGGCGAUGCCCCGGUAUAAAUCUCGCAAAUACAGUCAGCUUUCUGUACAUCUCGCGCAUCCUCGCUAUGUUCGACAUCCUCAAGCCUCUCGAUGAAUCCGGUCUGGAAUACACGCCCGAGGUUGAUUUUACUCUGGAACAUACCUCGUGA